UUGAGCUCCAUAGAGACAGCGCCGGGCCAGGCAGAGCCGGACGGCACUGGGCGGACUCUGUGCCUCGCGGACGGAAAAAAAUAACUAAACAUGGGCAAAGGAGAUCCUAAGAAGCCGAGAGGCAAAAUGUCAUCUUAUGCAUUUUUUGUGCAAACCUGCCGAGAGGAGCACAAGAAGAAGCAUCCAGAUGCUUCAGUCAACUUCUCAGAAUUUUCCAAGAAGUGCUCAGAGCGGUGGAAGACCAUGUCUGCUAAAGAGAAAGGAAAAUUUGAAGACAUGGCAAAGGCGGACAAGGCCCGUUAUGAAAGAGAAAUGAAAACCUAUAUCCCGCCUAAAGGGGAGACAAAAAAGAAGUUUAAGGAUCCCAAUGCACCCAAGAGGCCUCCUUCGGCCUUCUUCUUGUUUUGUUCGGAGUAUCGCCCCAAAAUCAAAGGCGAGCAUCCUGGCCUAUCCAUUGGUGAUGUUGCAAAGAAACUGGGAGAAAUGUGGAAUAACACCGCUGCCGAUGACAAGCAGCCUUAUGAGAAGAAGGCUGCUAAGUUGAAGAAGAAGUACGAAAAGGAUAUCGCUACCUACCGGGCUAAAGGAAAGCCCGAAGCAGCCAAAAAGGGAGUCGUCAAGGCUGAGAAAAGUAAGAAAAAGAAGGAAGAGGAGGAAGAUGAAGAAGAGGAAGAAGACGAAGAGGAUGAAGAUGAAGAAGAUGAUGAUGAUGAUGAUGAAUAAGUUGGUUCUAGCGCAGUUUUU